AGAAGUAUUGAUGUAUCUGCGGUAUCUCUUUCCAAUUUAAUCGCAAACAAGCACCACAGGGUUGCAGAGCUCGAAUCUAAACGCCCCAAGUUAUCUUCGCCGUUUCCUAUUCCAGAUCCCCUGAGUGGGGACAUAUUUGAUCGAACCUCUCUUUUGCUAAACAUUGAUCAGAUGCUCGAUGAGAAUAUUCCUUUGCCUAAGGAAGAAGCAGGAAAUACCUGGCAAAACGAGUGGAACUCCUUCGUAACGCUCAAGGUACCUCUGGCAACUACGUGUUUAAAUUUUUACCACAACUGCAAUAUUGCGCAUGUUUUUUUCCUGACGAUGAAGCUAUUCCAGUGUAAGGAAUUUGAGCCAGUGACCGCGCAUAGUCCAAUGUUCGCGCUGGAUUGUGAAAUGGUCCUCACCAAAGCAGGCAGUGAACUUGCCCGAGUGACCAUGGUCGAUGAGAUUGGCUGUGUCCUGCUGGAUAAACUUGUCAAGCCGCCCAACCCAGUCGAGGACUAUCUCACCAGAUUCAGUGGUAUCACUCGCGACAUGCUAGCAAGCAUCGACACACGUCUCGAAGAGGUACGUGACGAACUUGGUGAGCUUAUUCCUCCCGACGCUAUCCUCGUGGGCCACUCGAUUACAAAUGACCUGAAGGCCCUUAAAGUAAGUUGCAGUCUUCGUCUGCCGUAUUUGGGUCUUCUACGCACCAUCCAAAGUGGCCACAAGGGCCACUCGUCGGCAGAGGACGCCAAAGCCACGUUGGACCUCGUCCGAUUGAAACUCAGCCAAUGUACGUUCGGCUAA